AUGGACCCUACUAUCACUCGUGAGCUGUCGAAGCUCGACUCCGCGGUUCCCUUCCGCGCCUCAACCGAUCACCUUCACCACACCUGGGCCAAAACAUUCUACUCUCGCCCCGAGCUCUAUAUCCGCCCACAGACCAUCCCGGAGAUUCAGCAGCUAGUCACCCUCGCCCGUCGAUGUCGCCGCCGCAUCGUGACCGUCGGCAGCGGUCACUCCCCCUCCGAUCUGACCUGCACCUCGUCCUGGCUCGUUAACCUCGAUGAUUUCAAUCGCAUUCUACACAUCGACCCUGAAACCCGGAUGGUCACCGUUGAGGCCGGUAUCCGAUUGCACGACCUGGGCCCUCAGCUGGAAGAACAAGGGUUAACAUUGGAGAAUCUGGGAAGUAUCGAUAGUCAGUCAAUCGCGGGAGUUAUUGCGACAGGUACCCAUGGAAGUUCUCUGCGCCACGGACUACUCUCAGAAUGCAUUGAAGCACUGAGUCUCGUUCUACCCAAUGGCCAGUUAGUGCGUUGCAGUGCCACAAACAAUGAGUCACUCUUCCGCGCCGCCCUUGUUUCCCUUGGCGCGCUCGGAAUCGUCGUCGAGGUGACCUUCAAGGCGCGGCCGGCGUUCAAGAUCGCCUGGCGCCAAGAGCGAUAUUCGCUGUCGCAAGUCAUCAGUGAGUGGACGACUGGACUGUGGACGUCUCAUGAAUUCGUCCGUGUCUGGUGGAUGCCAUAUGAGAAGGGCGCGAUCGUCUGGCACGCCGACGAGACUGAUCUCCCACUGCGCGCAGCCCCUAAGAACUUCUACGGCGAGUCGCUCGGGUACCACAUCUACCACAACUUGCUAGCGCUAUCCUCGUAUUUCCCCCGGGUUCUGCCGUGGGUGGAAUGGUUCGUCUUCGGUAUGCAGUACGGCUUCCGACCAGGCAGCACGGUCACGGAAGCGGUUGAUCCAGCACGAGCUGGUCUUCUGAUGAAUUGUCUGUACUCGCAAUUUGUCAACGAAUGGGCACUCCCAUUAGAAAAGGGGCCCGAAGCUAUCAUCCGUCUCUCCGCCUGGUUGCACGGCGACAGCAAGACUGCCGGCAUCCCAUUCUCUAGCAAAGGUCUCUAUGUGCAUUGUCCGAUCGAAGUGCGCGUAUCAGAUUCAACUAAGAAUCCUCGCCCUCGUCCCUACUUGGACCCGACAUGUCGCGAUGGUCCGACGCUCUACUUGAACGCGACGCUCUAUCGGCCUUAUCUUCGGGAUCCGCCGUGCCGAAAACGCUACUACGAGGCCUUUGAAUGGCUCAUGCGGGACAUGGAUGCCAAACCUCACUGGGCUAAGAACUUCAAUGUCCUCGGGCCCACGGAGCUUCACGGGUUGUACGGGGAGGACAUGGAAGAAUGGAUGAAGGUGCGGCAAGAAGUCGACCCGGAAGGGAUGUUCUUAGGCGAGUGGCACCAUCGUCAUCUGCCGCUCCUUACCUGGGGGGAGACUACACAAAACGAGUUGUCUCUCCUCGAGCGUGAGGUUGAGAGUCGCCCGGUUGGCACCCGUGAUGCGGGGGAUGGAAUUGAAUGGAUAGGGGAUCGCCGGUGGCAAGGUCAGACUCAGAACAAGUCAGAGUCGGAGGGCAAUGUAUACGACUUGCCGCCUGACCACCCGGCGUCUAGUUCGCCGACGAGCGAGGAGAGUUUUGAUUUGCUUGCGAAGGGAGAAGCUAGUAUUCUACUCCCCAAUGUGAAACUCGGAGAAUGA